UAUUCCCACAUCACUUAUUAUUAAAUCGAUAUUAUUACGUUCUGACUACACUCCGACUUCAAAAUAAUUUAUUUAUAUUUUGUAAUUGUACAUGUUAAUCAUUUUUAUUUUAUAUGAUUUAUGCGUGUUGCUUCACACAACACGAAUUAAUUUAUAAUGGCCAAAGUGUUUGACAUUUUUAAUAUCAAAAAACAGAAAUUAAUUGUUACUAAUUCCUCAUCAACGACAACACAAGAAUCUCAAAUUGAACAAUUAGAUAUUGGUAUAGAAAUUGAUAUAACUGUGGACGAUUUAUAGUUUAUUUAUUUAUCUUACAUAAAGUAUUAAUUAAUAUUAAUAUUGUUGCCAACAAAUUUCAAGAAAAAACUGCAACCUUAGGGCAAUCUAAAAAUAUUAUUCAAGGUGUGAUGAUGACUUUUAAAAAUUUAAGAACAACAGAAUAUUUUUCUCAACUUUGGUGUGAAAUAGAAACCUUUGCUAAAGACAAUGACAUAUCAAUACAAACACCGUCUAAAGGAUGUAAAAGAAAAAGACAAGAGCCAACAAUUUUUAAACAUUUUGAUGUCACUGCAAUCACAAGUGCUGAACAUAGUAUCGAUGAAACUAAUGAAACUGUUGAAAGUUAUUUUAAAAAAAAAGCGUUCUUUCCUGUUGUAAUUAGAGGAAUGCUUUUGUCAUAUAGAAUGGCCUCUGGUACCUCGUCAAAAAAGGCUCCGGGAGAUAAAAUUACAGCUAUAUCUUCUUCUGCGUUAGCGUUGAUGAGUACUGUAACUACUGUGAGGAUUUUAAAAAACAUCUAG